CACAAGUCACUUCACCCUGUACACUGACCAUUGUCCAUUGUACCUUUCACAAUCUACGCUCUCUACCUUUAUCCGCCCUCCACACGCCCAGUAAUCCGCCCCGUCGCCACUUUCGUCAAGAUGCUAUUCUUCAGCUUUUUCAAAACGCUGACCCAACAGACCGUCACCGUCGAGCUCAAGAACGACAUCUCCAUUCGCGGCACCCUCAAGUCCGUCGACCAGUACCUCAACAUCAAACUCGACGACAUUACCGUCCUAGAUGAACUCAAGUACCCGCAUCUCAGCUCCGUGAAGAACAUCUUCAUCCGAGGUUCCGUGGUCCGGUACGUCCAUCUGCCGCCCGACAAAGUCGACAGGGGUCUGCUCGAGGAUGCAUGUCGAAGAGAGGCAAUGGCGCAGCGAGGGAAGGGCGCGUGAAGGGUAAACAGUUGGACCAAUUUCGGUAUUUAUAUGGAAAGGAAGAGGACUUGUUCUCCGCUGGUUCGCUGCUCGGUUCAAGUCCUUGACGGCGUGGGCGGAUUGGUUGUAUGCCUGAGAAGAGCAAUGUUAUCUCCAAACCAGAGAUCGUAACGGGAAGUCAGAAUCUGAACAGGCUAUAUUGGUCGCCCUUUUCGAGAUGGCUCGCUGUCGCGAGCAGGCAUAUUUCAAGAUACCAAGAUUGUCCGGCCAGGCAGAGGCUGUAUGGAGCAAUUGGUGUCAGCGAAGAAAUGCAGUGGGACGUCGUUGGGCGAUUCGAUAUUUGCGUCGUGAUGGAGGACUCCAGACCCUGGAAUGUCCACCAUCUGCGCCUGAGCGAGUGGAGCGAAAACCCAGUUCUCAAUGCUUGCAGCAUGGGCAUAAGAGUGCCUGCUGCCGUGGUGCCUUAUCCGAAACAGGCAGCCGAGCAUGGAAGGAAAUGCCGUAGCUUUGACGUCCCAUCGUCAAUACCACAGGAUCAUGGUUCCAAUCAAUUUCUAUCGUGGUGUUUGAUCAGUACAGAGUUCUG